AUGGCACACAAUGGCGGCACCCUUCAUCGCGCGGUUGUUGACAUCUCAGACCUUCCCACUGACCCCGAGGCUCGCAAAGCCGCCCUCGAGAAGCUCGCAAAGAGUGUGCAGCAGUUCUCGAGCCUCGUCAAGUUCAUUGACGAGUCGGCAAUGAAGAAGCAGGAGCUACAGCGCCUUACCAAGCUGGAGGAGGCUUCAAAGACCGAGUGCCCUCAGAGACGUGAGUUGAUGAAGCUCUACGCCACUCCCUGGCCCAAGGGCUUUAUGCAGUUCCUCGUCAAGGCCCUUCUUCUGGGCGUGGUGGUUCAAGAGGCGUCGGCGGCUCUGCUUGGCUCCAGCUUUGGCCUGAUCAUCCUAACCAACUUCGUGGCUAUUGCGUUCUUCACUCAGGGCGCGUGCACUGCUGCAGCAAUGCUCGAUGCAAAGAGAGGUCUUGCAUUCAAUGACGGAGUGGACAUCAGUGGCUUCAGUCACUCUGCUAUGAUUACUUGGGGAUACAAUUGGUAUUCCGACACAUGGCAGGUGACAAACGAGAUUGAGUUCGGUCCAAUGCUUUGGGGAAUCAAGAUGGACCUUCCAGAUGUGUUCUCGCCCAAUGCCUGGAAAUGGGUCGACAGCGGUGACCAGCUCAGUGGUGUCAAGACCACUCACGUCCUCAGCUUCAACGAGCCCGAUCACCCUGCCCAGGCAAACAUGGACGUCGGAACCGCCAUCGCCUGGCACCAGUACUACUUUGAGCAGUUCAUCGGACGGGCUCUCAUCGGCUCCCCGGCCGUCACCAACGGAGGAUACGACUGGCUCAAUACGUUCCUCUACAACUGCGACCUCCACGAAGGCUGUCACGUGGACUUUGUUACCGUGCACUGGUACAACAAGGCCGCCUACGUCCAAGACUUCAAGAACUGGAUCGACCGAGUCUGCACCCUCGCGUAUCCUCGCAAGGUCUGGCUGACCGAGUUCCAGGGACUCGGCACCCAGGAGGAGAUGAUCUCCUUCCUCCGUGUCGUGCUGCCCUGGCUCGACGCCAACGACUGCGUAGAGAGAUACGCGUACUUUGGCGUGACGACCAACGACCACCACAUGCUGGUGGGCGCUGGCCCAGAGCUGAGCCAGAUCGGAGAGAUUUACGCCGGAUUCCGUAACUAG